UCUUGGCUGGGCACGAUCACACUUCCAGUUGUUAUAUGAGCAGCAGCACCAGACUUGUGCAACAGAACCAGCAACUCCAAAUGCUGAACUCCUCCUCCUCGUCAUCAUCAUCACCGUCGUCUCACAGAGAGCAUCUGCUGCAGGAGGAGAGCGUUAUGAGUUUACACGGAUACACUGAAACUUAGCUUUUCCUCACUGCUCGCGUAAUAUCCUUCAGACAUAAAUGAAGGAUAACUGAGUCAAAGACAACCUCGUUAUAACAGUCGCUUUGUCACCGUCGGUUUCCUUUAACCGUGCACAAUGGGAUUGCGCGUGUUUGGCACACCGCUUUACGCAUACUCCUGGGUCUAUUUAUUUGUUUUCAUCCUGCAGGCUGCUCAGUCUCAGAGGAAUCCGGGAACACAGCAAGGGAAUGACCAAAGAGGGGCCCUCCGGCAGACGCUACAGUGGUCACACAACGGCAAGAUAUUUAGCAUUCUAAGCCAAGGGUCUGAGUAUCAGCCGGCCAGACGUAGGGGCGCAACGCAGGAGCAAGUGCAGGAGCGACCUGUCACAAUCAUCCGGGAUGCGGACACCCAGAGACAACCGGUGGCCCAGCAGCAGCCUCCCCGGCCGGCCUCCAACCCGCAGGGCCAGCGCAGCCUCCCGCUGCCGAUCCAGAGGCUCGUGAGAGGCCAGGAGCACCGCCAGCAUCACCAAGCGCGUCCCGGUGAGCGCACAGGGACGCAGAGGAGCCGCAGAGUAAAUGAGACCCAAGAGCAGGUCGAUGUCAGAAGAGAAGACAUGAUGGUGGGAGACGAUCCAUACGAUCCCUACAAGUCCAUCGACACCGAUAAUCCAUAUUACAAUUACUAUGACGUUUACGAGAGACCGAGGGAGAGAUCGAGACCCGGAUAUGGCACAAGGUAUCAUCAGUACGGUCUCCCUGAUCUGGUUCCUGACCCAUAUUACAUCCAAGCGUCGGCCUACGUCCAGAGAGUCCCGAUGUACAACCUGAGAUGUGCGGCUGAAGAAAAUUGUUUGUCAAGCUCCGCCUAUAGAGCACGAGACUACGAUAGCCGCAUGCUGCUGAGGUUUCCUCAGAAAGUCAAGAACCAGGGCACCGCGGACUUCCUCCCCAACAGGCCACGUUACUCCUGGGAGUGGCACAGCUGUCACCAGCACUACCACAGCAUGGAUGAGUUCAGCCACUACGAUCUGCUGGAUGCCACCACUCAUCAGUCAGUGGCAGAGGGCCACAAGGCCAGCUUCUGCUUGGAGGACACUUCCUGUGACUAUGGAUACUACAGGCGAUACGCCUGCACCUCACAUACUCAGGGCCUGAGCCCGGGAUGUUAUGAUACCUACAACGCAGACAUCGACUGCCAGUGGAUUGACAUCACAGAUGUGAAACCUGGCAACUAUGUCCUGAAGAUCAGUGUAAAUCCUUACUACCAGGUCCCAGAAUCGGACUACAGCAACAAUAUUGUGCGCUGUGAUGUUCGCUACACAGGCAGCUAUGCCUACGUGUCAGGUUGUCACAUGUCAACAUAUUAAAGAACGACAGUCAUCCACAGCGGCUCAGCGGACAAACUGUGUAAAUGACAAAGAAGAGGACUGCACAUGAAGGCAUAUAAAGCAACAUAGAAAAACUUUUUUUUGUUUGUUUUCUUAAGACAUGCAUUCACUUUAAAAUGUAAUCACUCCCAGUUUAGGAAAGAACAAGUAGGAAUCAUCUGAUUAUUAUAGCAGCAGAUAAAGUUGAAUUUUUCUUUGCUUGUGUGGGAAGAGAAAUCUUUGUUUUUUUUCCUUAAUGAAAAUCAUAUAACCUCAGCUUUUUUCUUUUUUUUUUUGCUUUGUUUUUGAAGGGGGGGUAUUUUUCAUAGCUCACUUCUGUUGGAUUGUACUGUAUGCUUGCCUUUUACUGCCACUUGUUAGAAGAAAUAAAAUCCAUAAAAAAAUGAGCCUAAAAGAGAAAAAUCGCAGCAUAAAUCAUGUAUAUCACAAUGUUAUAUUGAACCCAGUUGUUUAAAGCAAAAUAUAUUUAUAUGCAACAGAUGAAACUCUCUUUACGCAAGAGCUUUUGUUGAAACUUACUUGAAUAAAACUGUAAUAUUGUA